AUGGAGCUGAAGCCGUAUGCCGAGGAGGAGGCGAAGCCUUUGAAGGUCACGGCUGUCCCCGGGACAGUGCUGAUGAUACGAUCCGACAAGCUUCGUGUGAGACACCUCUGCCGGACACGGACGCUACUGCUUAGCUGCAACCUGCAAGCCUCCGGCGGUACCAACGCACGGCUAGCACCCAACCCCUGCGCUGCGAAGCUCCAGGUGUGGCUUGAUGAGCGGCUGCACAAUCUCAAGCAAGCAGAGACGGAAGACCGCCGUGCCGAGCUCCCUCGCCACCUGCGCCUGGCAAUGAACCGCCAGUGCUUCAAGGGGCAGUACAUGGCAGUCAGAGGCCUCGCGAGCCGCGUCGCACCUUGCUGGGGCCCUGAGACGUUUUUGUGUGGCCGGGGGCUGAGCCGGGAGCUUUGCUUCCAUUGCUUACAACUCAGGCUGCUAUGUAGCAUCGGGUUCAAGGAUUUCAGGGUAUCAGGAUGUUGGGUUUGA